GCGCGUGCGCAGUACGAGGCCCCUGGUCCGGGACGCGGCGCGAGCUCCGCAGCCAGCAGCGAGCGCAGCCCAGGCGAAGGCGGGGAAGAGGCAGCGCAUCAUCGGAGCGGCGGCGGCGGCUGUCAUCCUUCUUCCUUUAUUUUAUUUUUUUGCAAAGGCCCGGCUGUGCAGUGAAUGCUCCGGUGCUGCGUUGCAUUUCGCUGCACGGCAUUGCUCUCCGGAGCCUCGGGCCUUCCUGCAGCAGCCUCCCUCCGCCACCUUUUCCUUUCCUCCCAGGGAGCAACGCCUCCGCCGAUUUUCCAACCCCUCCCCCCCAUUCCACCUCUCUUAUUUAUUGAUUUAUUUAUUUUUAGUUAUUAUUUAAAAACCCCAGCGAAGUGGGCCCGUAGAUUGCACACGCCUACCCGCUCCGCCCGCUCCCCCUUCCUCAGCAGCAGAGUCCUCCGUGCAUGCUUCUCCCGAUUCCCUGCCGAAGCUGCUGCUCCCCCUUCCCCCGUUACCACCAACCAUGUCCCCCACGGCUUGCAACGUUGCAUUCCGUCUCCAGCUGUGAACGCCCCUUCCCGCUUCUCCUCCUUGCACGCCCACCUUCCUUGCAUUGGCGCCCGAAGGUGAGAGAGCAGCGCCCCCAACCUGGGGCUGCCUUGAUCCCUGCCAGUUCUUGGGUCUAGCCUUUCCACGCCUUCGGAGCUGUAGCUUGCAGAGCAUCAGUUAUCAUUCUUCUUAUUGGGUCCAAACAGCACCUGCCUACCCCCCUUCCUUCCAUCACCCCCACCAAAUAGUCCUCCUUUUGCUCUGAGCCCCUUUGCCCAACAGAGCCUUAGUCCUGCCCAUCACACCCAGGUUUCCUUAUGCACCAGGAUCCUGUGGUUUCCUUUUCUUACUUUGGUAACUGUUUUUUAGCCAGACAAGCCGAGAUUGCAUCGUGGGCUGGCAAGGUUGCUCCUCCUUCACAGCAUUGGUGAAAGCUCCUGCCUGGAGAACAAGGCUUGCACAGCCACCCCAAGGUGCUGCUUGCCCCGUUCUGUGCUGCUCGGCACCGCCUUAGCCUCCUGAGGUGCUGCAUCCCUUCCCCGACAUCGCCAUGAGCUUCUUUGGGUUCGGACAAAGUGCGGAUCUGGAAUUGGUCCUGAGCGACGCAGAGAGCAGGCGCCGGGCAGAGCAUAAGACCGAGGAGGGCAAGAAGGAGAAAUAUUUCCUCUUUUAUGACGGUGAGACGGUUUCAGGGAGGGUCAUCCUCACCCUCAAGCACCCAAACAAACGGCUGGAGCACCAGGGCAUCAAGGUGGAGUUCAUUGGGCAGAUUGGUAAGUUCGGUCGGUACUUGCCAUCCAUGGUGGCAAAACUAAACCUCCAUCAGUUGGUGCAGUUGGGUUAUUUGGGGCCACAUUCACACCAUACAUUUAAAACACUACCAUACCAAAAGUCAUGGUUUCCCUCCUAGUAGAAUUAUGGGAACUGUGGUUUAAGGAUUCUGAGAGUUGUUAGGAGACCUCACAGAGCCACUGUUCUCAAGAGUCCCCUGGGAAGGAGUGGUGGGAAACCACUCUGGGAAUUGUACCUCUGUGAGUGGGAUAGGGGCCUUCCAACGGCUCUCAGAACCCUUAACAAACUACAGCUCCCAGCAUUCUUUGGGGGAAGCCAUGGCUAUUCAAAGUGGUGUCAUAGGAGUUUAAAUAUAUGGUCAGAAUGUGGCCUUGGACUCUGGAUUUAUUGGUCUUUGGGUGGGGUGGGGAGAAAGAGUGGCUUUUUAGAUAGCAAUAAGCCUCCACAGUCAAAGGCAGAGAUGCUUCUAAAUACCAGUUGCUGAAAGCCACAGGAAGGGAGAGUGCUGUUGUGCUCAAAGUCUGCUUGCAGGGUGUUCCACAGGCAUCUACUUGGCCGCUGUGAGAACAGGAUGCUGGAUUAGAUGGGUCAUUGGCCUGAUCCAGCAGGCUCUUUUUAUGUUCUUAUGUAGUCACGUCUUGAACAUGUGGAUGUCUGCCCCUGACUCUGACAGCAGGGAUGGUGCUGAGUAUGUCAAAGGCUCAGGGUCUGGGUUGGUUGGUAAAAACAAUUUGCUGGGAGUAGUUUGUAUGCAUAGAUGCACAUAGAUGUCACAAAAGGCAAGCUAAUGUAAUUCCCCAUCCAGAUAACCCCAGUUAAAUUAUUCAAUUAAUGUGCACGCGUGCACUUGCAGAUCACCCCAAACCAACUCCUUUUCUAGUCGUCCGCCCCCAGUUAAUUUUCCCAAUGGGUUCUGCUCCAAAUCAGUUUAGUUCUAGUUCAGUUGCCCCUAUUCAUUAUCCACCCUGUAUCACCUUCACAUAAAGUCAUCUUCAUUUAGCCCCCCCAAAUUUAAUAUUCUACCCAGUACAGGCAACUCCAUGUGUCAACUGGACACGCCUGUAAUGGUCCCCGCCUGAAAUUCAAAUCAAUUUCCUCUGAAUGUGUUAUUCAGAAUCCACUGGGCUGUUGAAAAAGAUUUGUGUAGGAUGUCUGGCAGCAUCACCACAUUUUCCGUGUAUGGUCUCAAGACACAUUCAUGAACGGUAGGGCUAUCUGUGGCAACUACCCAUGAUGGCCGUGUUGUACCUCCAGUGUCAGAGGCAGUAUCCUCUGAAUAUUAGUUGGUAGGAAUCAUGCUGUUGCAUUCAGGUCCUGCUUCUGGGCUUCUCAUAGGCAUGCUGUGGGCCAUUGGCCUGAUCCCAUAAGGCACUCUUUGUGCUCUUCUGAGUCAGUAUACCUCUUGGUAAGAAGAGUGGGCUGAUUUUCAUGCUGGAUAGGUCUACUCAGAGCUAUCAGGCAAGAUGGAUGAAUAGAAGCUCUAUGUAUCAAAGCAGUGUACCCCUUAGUAUAAAGGGAAAAGAGAGAGAGAGAGGCCUAGUGAACAGAACCUCACAGACAUAACUAGCAUAUAUAUCUCUUUAUACCAUAUGCUGAAGGAGAAGAAUAGUUGGGAAAGGGAACUGUUUUAAUAGAUAGACCGUACAGGCUCUGGGUUCUUAAUGUGCUGAUAAUAGGCACAUCUCCUUGUCAAAUUCAGCUCCACCAUGUUGUAAGCAAGCGAAGGUGUUUCUGAAUUUUCAAGGGGGACCCCUUCCAUUUUUCUUAUUGCUACUUUUGAACACAGCCAUUGAUUUAGCCUAGUUGGAGGGUGAAGAACCUGUGGCCCUCCAGAUGUUGCUGGGCUGCAACUCCCCAUCAUCCCUGGCCAUUUCCCAUGCUGGCCGGAGCUGAUGGAAUGAGAGUCCAACAACUCUUGGAGUUCCCUAAUCUUUGGCUUAGUGUUGCCUUGUCCCAGCCUGGAAAAGCUGUGCUCUCUGUGGUUUACAAUCCUUCCAGUGGUGUUGACCAUGGUAGAUGGGGAGGGUAGCAGGCAGGGGCACGUGGACCAUAUCCAUCCAUGUUGAUUUCCAGCAUCUGUUUCUUGCAUUGCACUGUCUUUAAAAAGAGAGACAAAGAGAAAGUUGGUGUUUCUGGCUGCUGUGACUCACAGCCACUGACAGCCUUCAGGUGGGAGCCUAAGAAGCAGCCUUGUGCUGAGUCAGACCACUGGGUCCAUCUGACUCAGCAUUCUCUACGUUGCCUGGCUGACGGUGGCCCUCCAGGGUUACAGGCAGGGGUCUCUCCCGGUCCCAGCCCCACCUGGAGAUUGAACCAGGGACCUUCUGCUUGCAAGGUAGAUGCUUUGCCCCUGAGCCAUGGCCCUCUAAUGAAUCUAACUAUUGGGUCUGUCCUGACUUGUAUUGUCCUCUUCAGUAGGUUACUGCUUUUCCUGCAUCCCAGGCAAAUUCCUUCCUGUCCCAUAGCAGGCAGUGAUGGCCACCAACCUGGAUGGCUUUGAAAGAGGAUUAGACAGAUUCAUGGAGUAAAAGGCUGUUGGCAGCUGCUAUCUAGGAUGGCUGUAUUCUGCCUCCAUUGUCAGAGACAUAAUUCCUCUGAAAACCAGUUGCUGGGAAUUGCAUGUGGGCGGAGUACUGUUGCACUCAACGUCCAGCUUUCAGGCUUUCCACGGACAUCUGAUUAGCCACUGUGCGGGCAGGAUGCUAGACUAGAGGAUCUAUUGGGCUGAUUCAGCAGGUUAGUUUUAUGUUCCUGCUACUUGCUCCUUUUAACUGGAGGUGCCAGGAUUCAACCUAGGACCUUAUUGGGUGUGCCAGGCAAAUGCUUUACGGCUGAGCUACAGCCUGCUUUGAUUUUUGUUCUCACCAGCCGUGAACUCGGGGUUUUCUUCUGAGAAUACUGAUGUUUGCUUCUGCCAAUAAUGGUAGAAAAGGUUACCUGACUAUCAUUUAUUUGCGCAACUGCUGAUCAGUGGGUGGAUGCAAGCUGCUUGUCUGAAUACCAGUCAUUGGGGAGCAACAGCGGCAGAGGUCUCUUGCGCUGAUGGGCUCAAAAACUGUAUAAGCAUGAUGAUGGUUGGGCACAACAAGUCUACACUUAAACUGAGCAUGCAUGCAAAUAUAAGUAGUAGUCAGUGUUUUAUGACAAGGCCAACUGUUAACAACAAUCUCUUUAGGCACCUUAAGUUAUUAGCAGUAGUGUGGUAAAUUCAGAAGUGCAGGGUUCCUUCAUGAUAGUCACAGCCCCCUGGAAACUGCUGACCCUGAAUCUAGGGUCCCUCUAAAAUGUAAGUUGCAGUUAAUCUGCUUUUUCUUAUCCCCUAUUUUCCUAUCUGGGAUUUGAUCGCCUGCCCACGCAUCCAUUGCCCUUCAGGUUGAUGCUCAUGUUACCCUUUAAUACAGUGCUAUUCCGUCAAGUUCCAGCUGAGAAAAAGCCCUGCUUUCAUAUAUGAACCCACAUGAUUCUUUACCAGCACAACCCAGGCACCUAACAAUGUUGACCUGGAAAUGGCCACAGGCAUCACAUUUGAUUGUGAUGCAGGUGUUGAGAAAGUGUAUACCCUGGCCCACCUCCUUGUCAGUGCAAGGGAACCCAAACUUAAUACAUGUACUUGGCAUAGACAUUCUUAACGUUGCACUCUGUGGGCAACACUUGCAUCACAAAAUCUGUGCAUGCAGGAAAAAUAAACUUGAGAAUCCCAAAUAUCCGGGAGCAUUUGGAACACCAAACUAGCAUGUUGAAGAGACAGGGGUUGGCUGUGGUUGUGUGAAGGAUCCGCCGCAUGCUCAGUGUUGCCCCAGCCCCUUCUCCCCUCCUCUUGCAGUCUCCAAAACUGAUCUAAGUGGAUGGAGUAACAAAUUGGGGUUGAUUUCUGGCAAACUCAUUCGGCUUUGUGAGUUCAUUGUUGGCUGGCUCCUUUGCCUGGCUUUCCAGAUUACAUGAAAUGUUGUUACUAACAGUAAAUGCUUAUGUGGCCAGGAUUCUGUACCCGCUUUCGGUUCUCUCUGUGUGGUGCAUCCACGCCUCCUAGUCGUUUUUGCAGUCUGAGAAGCCGGAUGACAUCCCAAGUGCCUAUUAUUACGUUGGAGGGGGGGGAAAUUCUGGCUUUCUAUUUUGAUUCCCUUGUUCCAUGUGGUCAGCUCUGACUGUUCCCUGAGCCAGGGCUUGUGGGAAGAACCUCCCGCCUUCCCCAGCUAUACUCUGUCAACCUGUUUUUCCUGCCUCUGCUUAUUAGAAGGAACCUGAAUGGCAGAAGACCUCAGUUCAAUUCUGAUUCAUCCUUCCAGGUGUGGUAUCUAGACAUAUUAAUGGCGUGGCAGGAGCAACAGUAAUAUGACAGGGAGGACGGCUGUUUGGGGGAGGACUGCAGGUCAGUGGCUCAUGCUUUGCAGGUCAGAGCUCAUGCUUUGCAGGUCAGAGAUCAUGCUUUGCAAUCAAAAGGUCCCAGGUUCAAUCCCCAAUAGCUCAAGGAAGGAAGGGUCCACUCACUGCCAACCAGUACUGAACUGGGGGGAGAAAUAGUCUGACCUGGCUUAACACAGUUUCCUAUUAAUCCAUCCUUACCUUUUUACAAGGCACCAGAUUGUUACCUGCUUUUUCAGAUCUAGUUACUGUUUAGUCCAUCAUUGGUUGGUCCUUCAGCAGGAGCUGAAAUCCGAUAGGCAUAGGAUUGCACUACACUCGCUUCCUGGGAGCACAGUACCAUUGAACUCAAUGAGGUUUUCUUCUGACUUGGCAUGUGUAGCCCUGUGACUGUAGUAGAGCCGAUGUUUUAAACCUUUGGCCCUCCAGAUGUUGCCAAAGGUUGCCAAACUGCAGCCCCAGCAAGCGUGGUCAGGGGUGAUGGGAGUUGCAGUUCAGCAACAAUUGGAGGGCCAGUGGUUCCCCACGUCUUUAGUACACAAAGCUUUUUUUAAAAAAAAUGAUGAUGUCUUAAUUUUACAUCCUCAGUAAACAUCUGAAAAGUUUUUGCAACAGCUAAGAGUAGUUAAACUGAAACAAUUUGAUUAGGAAAAGCAAGUUAAAUAAAUUGUGCUUGGUGUAGUUUAAAUGUAUGCAAACAAUUCAGAGUAUUACUUGAAAAAUUACUUUUAUUGGAAUGCUUGCAAACGUUUCAAGACUUGACAACAAAAUAGCAUACACGUUGCCUGUUACUUCAAUUUUAAGAAAUAAAGUGAAGGCACUGAAAACUGCUUAACAUUUUUAUUUUCAUGUGCUGGAUUAGUUGUGUGCAUAAAUCUUAGGGAGAAGACGUUUUAAAAAGCUAAUUGCAGCUUUGAAUUUAGAUUUGACUAGUUGCUGUAUCCAGUUUGACUUGUAUUGUAGUUAUUCAUUGUGCUACUAAUUGAUUUUUUAUGAAACAAUACGUUUCUAAAACUGGUAAGCUUUGCACAAGAAAAAUAUUGCAUUGGAAAGUUUUCUUCAAAAAUUCCAUGCCAGAAGAUUUUCUCCACAUCACUGCUUGAGGGAGGGCUGUCAUGGCAGUUCAGAUGUCUACUGCAGGUGAAAGCCCUAAACAACUUGGGAACCUACUGGCUUUUGGAACUGCUUUUCCCUUGUGGAUCUUCCUGGGCCCUAAAAUAAUCUGCUGAUGCCCUCCUCAUUUCUGAAGCACAGACAGUGGCAAUAAGAGAGAGAGUCUUUUCAGUGGUGGCUCUCUAUUUAUGGAACACUAUUUGUAUAGACCAGGGGUCUGCAACCUUUAAGACAAAAAGAGCCACUUGGACCCGUUUCCGAAGAAAAAAAAACCUGGGAGCCGCAAAACCAUUGUGACAUUUAAAACAAAUAUAUCUCCGGAGCCGCAAUCUGACAGUGGGCGGGAAGGUGACGUCGGGACGGUGCGUGACUAACGCACGCACCGCCCCCAUGCGACAUCACAGCCAGUACAGCGCCCGCCACAGUGGGGAGUGUCGGGGCGCACAAUGCACCUCCUCCCCUCGCUAAUAUCCGCCCCGGAGCUGCGGCAAAGGUGUAAAAGAGCCACAUGCGGCUCCAGAGCCGCGGGUUGCAGACCCCUGGUAUAGACUCACCUGACACCUAAUGUUUUUUCAGCACCAAGGAAAUAGAUUCUUCCAGGACUUCAAAAACAACUUUUAGAGAUUAUUUUAGCUUCUCAGAUUUCAGCCUCUUUUUAAUGUGAAGGUUAUUAGUCUUAGGGUUUUGAUCUCUAUGUGAUUGGGCCAGCGUUGAUACUUUUUUUUUCUUGUUGAUUAGCUGCAUCCAUUUAAAUUGUUAGCUUUUUUUUUGCUGGUGCUUUGAUAUACUUUACUGCAGGGGUGGGCUGACUUCAGGCUUCUACUUUGCUUUUUACUGGAACCCCUAGAUCCACCAACCAGUGCUUGGCCACAAAAGCCUUGUGCUUAGAGCUAAAUAAUUCUGACCUCAGUGAUUUAUUUUGGGUACCAUAAAAUAACAGAGCUCACCGGCUUCACACACAAAAAUCUACCGUUGGUUAAUCCAAGCUGCUUCUUUCUUUUUCUUCAGCAGCAUAAUUUAUGGCAAGAAGGAUUCGUUUUAUUGCUUCUAUUAUUAAACAAUUGGGAGCCAUAAAUCCUUGCUAAUCUACUGCUAGUCACUCAGAGAUCUAGAUCUACCAGUUGCUGCAGGGCUACCUUCUGCCUUAAUGUUCAUUUCCUAUUUUCUUGCACUUCACCUGGAGGCUUCUAGAAUGAGGCCACAAAUAGCCUUGCUUCACCAAGAAUCUUUCACUUCUAGAGCUAUAUUACGAUCGAGGGAACCACCAUGAAUUCGUGUCACUUGUGAAGGACUUGGCCCGCCCCGGAGAGUUCACCCAGUCACAGACCUUUGAUUUUGAAUUCACACACGUGGAGAAACCGUACGAAUCCUACACGGGGCAGAACGUGAAGCUGAGGUGAGCUCCAUCUCGGCUCCUCCAGCCUUUCCCAGUUUUCUCAGCAGCAAUGCCACUAAGAUGCCACUAAGAAAUUGACCUCCUUCAACCUGGUGCCUGGCAGGUGUUUUGGAAUACAGCUCCCCACAGCUUCACUGGCUGGGACUGGUGGGAGUUGAAAUCCAGAACAUUUGGAGCUGUCGGAUUGGGGAUAUCAAGGCUUUGGUUGUCUGAAAUAAAGUUACUGUGGUGGAAUUAAAAAUAUGAAUCUCUGUGGACUUACUCAUAUGGGUAAACAAAAAAAUAAAAAAUAAAUAUCUAAGUGCCUGGAUUCAGAAUGCAGAACUUGCACAUGAAGAGUCCCAGUAGCAGAGUCUUAAACUCACAAAAAUAAACAGCAGUAUAGCAUUAGGAAUAUAGGUUGUUAAACAUUUUUUAUCCCAUUCAGCUGCACACAGCAGCUCUUACAAUGAGCAAACCACACGCCGUUAAGUAAGUUUAAAUGCUUUACUUACAGAUUCAAGGUCUCAGUCCUGCAUUGCUUCCCCAGAUGUUCUUCCUCACUGGUUACAUCAUGGAAAAGGGAACAGACAAAGGAGGGAAUUUGACUUUCUUCCUUCCAUGGUGAGGGGUCAUGGCAAAGGCUUUGCCAACCCCUUCCUCCCAAGGAGAGGGGGGUGAUCUAGCUAAGCCUGGGAUGACUUACAGUAUGAUCAUAACUCAUGAAUGCUAGCUGUAUUUGACCACAGUCUCCCAGAGUUUGUAUGUAUUUUGGUAUGUAGAACCAAACCAAUUUUUUAAAAAAAUUGUUUAAUCCACUGGAACCUCCAGCUAUUUCCUAGUUGUCCCAUUCAUGCAAGGACUUCCCUUUGCACGAAAGAACUGCACCCACUCCACUGUGAUUUUCUCCGUAGGGUUGUGGGAUUGAUUAGUGUAUAAGCUGCUAUGGGAACCUUUUUGGCUGACAGCGGUGCAUGUGUGUGUGUGUGUAAAAAUUGCAUUUUUUUUCUUUAAAGCAUUCAUAUCCCACCUUUCUAUCCAAGGCCACUUAUUGUCAGUAAACUCAAACAACUGGAAAAUCUGAAUGCAGUUAUAAAAAAUCCUAGCAUCCAAAAUGAAAAGAAAGGUUUAAUUUAAGUAUCUAUUGCAGAUGCUUAAUAGACAUGAAUCCUCAGGCUGUUGAGAGACUUGCUACCACAAUUGGGUCUUUCUUUUUUGCAGGUACUUCCUCCGGGCCACCGUGAGCCGCAGACUGAAUGACGUGGUGAAGGAGAUGGACAUUGUUGUACACACGCUUAGCACGUACCCAGAACUUAAUUCCUCCAUCAAGAUGGAGGUGGGCAUUGAAGAUUGCCUGCAUAUUGAGUUUGAGUACAAUAAAUCCAAGUAAGUUGUUCCACAAAGGCUUCCUAGUGAAUGAGUUGGGUAUUUGAGGUUUGUAUACGGGGAUGUAGCCAAGUGACUAGGGAGACGUCCCUUGGAGAUUGUGACUUUGUCCUUGUGCACUUCUUCUCCCAUGGAUGGUCUUCUUGGUUGCGUGGCAGGCAGUCCCUUAAAAGAGGUGCAGGGGAAAACCUUAGGCCCUCAGGAGGUUGCUGAGUGACCACUCCCAUCAACCUUGGCCAUGCUCGCUGGGUGAUGGGAAUUGUAGCUCAGCAACAUUGGGAGAGCCCAAGGUCCCCCACACUUUCCUUAAAGAAUGGCAAUAGCUUGGUGGCAGUAUCCAUGCAGAAGGUCGCAGGUUCAAUCCCUUGGAUGUCCCAGUAGGCCUGAGAAACCUCGGAGAGCCAUUGCCAAUCAGUAUAGACCAGCUUUGGGGAACCAGUUUGUAAACUAGCAACAUCUGGAGGGAAAAGGGUUCCCCACAUCUGUCCUUGACCUGGCUGGAACUUACGAGAGACAGGAGUCCAACAGGGCUGGGCAAUAUCUGGUUUCCAACAUUGCAAUAUGUCAUCAGCUAAAUAAGGAUGGAGCUAUGUAAAGAUGGACAGUAUGGCUCAGUGUUAACUAGUUUUCACUUUGUGAUAUAUCGCCUGCUAAGCAUUGUGAUAUAAUGAUAUAUCACAAUGUCUGAAAUAAGGAUGGAGCUGGUUUUGAACCUCAUGAUGUAACACCAGCUAAACACUGUGAUAUGCUUGCUAUUAUAUAACAAUGUCUGAAAUAAGGAUGAAGCUAUAUAGAGGCAUUGGCUGGCUUCACAGUUUUUCCCACAUUGUGAUUUUUUGCAUAGCACACAAACACACAUCUUGAGACCCAAUAUAUUUCCAGGUCAAAACUUAUGAAACCAAUAGCACAGGCACCCCCAAACUCGGCCCUCCAGAUGUUUGGGGACUACAGUUCCCACCAUCCCUGACCACUGGCACUGUUAGUUAGGGAUGAUGGGAGUUGUGGUCCCAAAACAUCUGGAGGGCCGGGUUUGGGGAUGCCUGAAACAGCAUAAUAUGGACUUGAAACCAGUUUUGGACAAUAUAUCACCUGGCCCUAGAGUCCCAACAUCUGGGGGGACCUGUCAUUCUAUUUUGUUGUUUAAAGGUUGUUACCUAUUUGUUAAUGCUUGUUUUGACCCACUUUGAUCUGGAAAAGCUGGGUAGAUUUUAAAAAUAAAAUAAAAUAAGCAACAUGCAAUUAAAAUAAAAUAAGCAACUGUGAAAGGAGAGAUUCUCUGGUCUGUUGAGUCUACUUCCUCUGUUGAUUUCCGGCUCUCUCCAGGUACCAUUUAAAAGACGUGAUUGUUGGGAAGAUCUACUUCCUCCUAGUGCGGAUCAAGAUCAAGCACAUGGAGAUUGACAUCAUCAAGAGGGAGACCACGGGGACCGGCCCUAAUGUUUACCAUGAAAACGAUACAAUAGCUAAAUAUGAGAUCAUGGAUGGGGCACCUGUCAGAGGUAAGGAGGGAUUCCUUGGAAGGAUGCCCCAAGGCAGCCAUCCCCCCCCCCCAACCUGGUGGCUUCUGAUAUUUUGGACUGUAGCCCCCAGCCAGCAUAGCCAAUGUUGAGGAAUGACGGCAGUUGUAGUCCCAGCAACAUUUGUUAGUGCAUCAUCCCUGUGCUAAAGGGAUAUGCCGGUUUCAGGUGGUUAACCUGGCUUCUCAUGCUAAAAAAGGCAUGAGUUGUACCACCGAGCUGCAGCCCCUCUCCACAACACUCUUUUACAUUCCUCUUCCCCCACCCACUUUUUUUGCACAUUUACUUAAAGCAUCUCAAGAAAGCAAAAAUGCAGCAUUAAAACUGUGCUAUAAGAGCAUAUCAGAACGGGGAUUUGGGGAAUUUAUACAGAUCAAAACAAGGGUAGCGGCCUCUCAAUUUCACACUUUGGCCUUGGUAGCUGAAUGAGGACUGGAACUCUGGUCUCCUUGCCCCGAACCCAACACUAGGAGUGGCUUCCAGAUGUUCCUAGAUACUGUUCCUGUCAUUGCUCACCAUUGGACCUGCUGGCUGGGGCUGAUGGGCGUUGUCGCUCAGCCAUGCCUCAAAGGCUGCAGGUGCUGUAUCCCUGCCCAGUGCACCUAUUUGUUGCACCAUUGCUUUUGCUCCAGUGGAAACGUGAAAACAAAACCAGUGGGAAGUUCUGUUCAUCUUACGCUUUGAUGUUAUAAGUGUGUUCCAGCUUGGAAAAUUGGUUUUGAUUGGCCUCCUUUGCAGGGGAGUCCAUCCCCAUCAGGCUCUUCCUCGCUGGCUACGAACUGACGCCGACCAUGAGGGACAUCAAUAAGAAGUUCUCAGUGCGCUACUAUCUCAACCUCGUGCUGAUUGAUGAGGAGGAGCGGCGCUAUUUUAAACAGCAGGUGAGGUGGCGUGGGGCCCUACCGGGACAGCUGCCUGAGGUCCCAAGCGGGCAGGCCUGUUAUGGGAACUUCGACGGAGACAGUGGGGCCGUUGUCUCUCCUUUGCUGCAUAGUUAGGAGAUGUGGAACCAGUAAUCCUCCAGAUGUUUCCGGAUUGCUAUUUAUCAAUCCUUGACCUUUGGCUAUGCUGGUGGGGGCUGAUGGGAGUUCAUGAAUUCUCCAGCCCCAGUUUAGGCCAAGAACUGAGUGUCUCAGGACAUACUAACACAGGAAUAUGUUAGUGUCUCAGGACAUAUUAACUCAGGAAUACAGUGGUGCCUCGCAAGACAAAAUUAAUCCGUUCCGCGAGUCUCUUCGUCUUGCGUUUUUUUCGUCUUGUGAAGCACGGCUAUUAGCGGCUUAGCGGCUUUAAGAAAAAGGAAACAAACUCGCAAGAACUCGCAAGACGUUUCGUCUUGCGAAGCAAGCCCAUAGGGAAAUUUGUCUUGCGGAACGACUCAAAAAUCGCUAAACCCUUUCGUCUAGCGAGUUUUUCGUCUUGCGAGGCAUUCGUCUUGCGGGGCACCACUGUAUGUUCCAUGCAGUUUGAUGGUUCUCUCUCUCUCUCUCUCUCUCUCUCUCACACACACACACACACACACACACACACACACCCUCCAGUGACACCUUUUGUGAUACUGUUGCCUGGAUCCUGAGGGUGUUGUGUGCACAGGCAGCGACCAUUUUAGGCGCAUCCAAUAUGCGUGCAAUUGCGCACAUGUGCAUCAUGCUAAAGUAACCUGAAAAUGUCACCCAAAGGGGCGGAAUGCAAUGUUUGCAGGCUUUUUCAAUGGCGUUUCAAAUAUGCAUGGUUUCACUUAAACACGGGGAGCCAUUGCCUGUAUUUCAGGGGGAAACGGACACAUGCAUGUGAAUGACUUUGACGAGGAAGGGAUGUAGCUCAGCGGCAGACUGAGGUUCAAUCCCCAGCCUCUCCAGUAGGGCUGGGAAUGCCCCCUGCUUGUACUCCUGGAGAGUUGCUACCUGUCACCAGGGACAAUACUCAGGCCCCAUCUGCACUAUGCAGUUAAAACGAUAUCAUACCUCUUUAGAUUUUUGUGGUUGCUCUCCUCCCCACUUGCCAGAAUCCUCAGAACUGUAGUUUAGGGUGCUGAUUUGUUAGGAGACCCCUCUCCCCAUCACUGAGCUACAAUUCUCAAGAGUGGUUUCACUUUAUUAUUAAAUUUAUUUAUAUCCUGCCUUUUCCCCAGACCGGGGGGGGGGGGGGACUCCAGGCAGCUUACAAAGAUUAAAACCCCCCAGAUAAAAUACAGAAGGCUGAAAACAUAUACAGUGGUACCUCGGGUUAAGUACUUAAUUCAUUCUGGAGGCCCGUACUUAACCUGAAACUGUUCUUAACCUGAAGCACCACUUUAGCUAAUGGGGCCUCCUGCUGCUGCCACACCGCCGCUGCACGAUUUCUGUUCUCAUCCUGAAGCAAAGUUCUUAACCUGAAGCACUAUUUCUGGGUUAGUGAAGUCUGUAACCUGAAGCGUAUGUAACCUGAGAUACCACUGUAGCAUGUAAUAGCUAAAAAGUAAUUAAACUAUAAUAAAAUAAAAACAGAUCUAUUAAAGUACAGAUAGGAAAAACAGCGCAGCACUAUUUGAAAGUUCUUUCCUUAACAAAACAGCUCCCAAAAGCCUGCCCGAAUUAAGCAGUGUUCACCUGCCAGCAGAAGGACAACAAGGAGGGAUCCAGUCUGGCUUCUCUAGGAAGGGAAUUCAACCCCUCUUCCCAGCGGACUCUGAGAAUUGUUAUUCUCUGGGAAGAAGAGGGGUCUUCUAACAACUCUUGGCACCCUUAACAAACUGCAGUUCUAGACAGAACUUUUGGUCUGCUGCAUGGCACAAACCGGGGGUACCAGCCCAUUAUUAAUACAAUUCCAUCUCUCCUUUUGCGGGAGCAGGAGGUGGUGUUAUGGCGCAAAGGCGACAUUGUGAGAAAGAGCAUGUCCCACCAAGCUGCCAUUGCCUCUCAGCGGUUCGAAGGCACGUCUUCCCAGACGGAGAGCAGAACGCCCAGCCAGCCUUCAGAGAACAACGGCCGGCAGUGAGGGGGUUGCGGGAUAAGGGGUUCCAAAGCGCUUCCGUGUUCAAGGCUUGAAGACGUCGACGAGGAAGGAGAAUGCAGAACGGAUCUUUCACCAGAGACUUGCGAACACAGAUUAUCUUGUCAGGUUGUGUGUGUGUGUGUUUUCUUCAUUUUUCUUUGUUCCUUUCCCCCUGAGGACUCGCAACCUAAAUGGAAUGGGGAGGGAGCCAAUGGAUGUGACAGCGACAAGGUUUGCCUCCCUCUACAUUCAAAUAUUCCUUGGGGAUAGGGCAGGAGCUGGAUCAGUGGCUUUAGAAAGCAUGAUGAAGGGAAGGGUGGCUGGUGAAAAGUGUGUCUGUGUUCUGACAUGAUGCUAAAAGCAUUCCCCCCCCAAAAAAUGUAAAGACACCCCCAUCGGUUUUACUGUACAUUUGGGUUUUUUAAAUUUUUUUUAAGAGCGCUCCAUUUUCUCUUCCUCAGUGGCAUUAUUCAUAUGUGUACAUAAGUAGCACCAGAGAGGCUCGUUUAGCAUUCAAGUGUAAAAAUAAUAAUAAUUUCCCAGCAUUUCUUAAACUCCUAAAAGCUGAUGGGACACUUCUUUCCCAAAUUAAAAUGUGGAGUCUCGCUUCAUUCUUACACCCAAAACGGUUUUACUUUUUAAGGUAAAUCUUAUGUCCCUGGGUGAGUCUGUGUUCUGAGCACAGCUCCUGCUUAGAAGGAAGCAGGCACAGAACAGCAUCUCUCAUAGACACACACAGCGGACAGCCUCCUCUGAAGGCAGCCAUAGGAAGAUCUGCACUGGCUGUAAUUUGAAUGACUGACGGGAGAGGUGCGUCUGGUAAAUCGCGCAGAGAGGUGACAGGGAGCCUCUUUGGCUAGGUUGGUGCACUGGGCUCCUGGUAGCCUGGCCAUCCAAUGUCAUUAGAUUCCAACUCCUUAUCAGCCCGAGGCAGUAUCGAUAAGGGGCAGGGUUGAUGGACAUUGUGGUCCGGUAACAUUUGGAGGGCCACAGGUUCCUCACCCUUCGUUAAUUUAAUUAACUUGCUGAUUGUGGCAUGGGAAUUGUUUUUUACCCUCCGUCUUCCGAGUUUCUUUUGUAGAACUGGAAAAACAACACUACUGUUUUCACCAAGCCAGUUGUGUACUGUUGAGACUUCCUUCGUUGAAAACUGGAGCGCGAGGAGCAAACCUGUACUUUGGGGGCCUUAAAAAAAAAAAGGCAUAGUGAGGGAGGGAAGCUCACGCACCCCGUUUCUGUUGUAGCCCACUUUAAAACAUACCCUCCCCAAUAGCAUUCUCCUAUUUCCCAAGCUGUCCGCAUGCACUCUGUUGCUAUUCCAAAAGUUGGAUCAGCACAGCCCAUUCCCAAACUGUGUUCCAUGAGGGAAAAACCCCCAAGGACCUGGUACCUUCUGUACGUACAUUCCUUGAUCGCUGAGGUGAUCCACGUUCUUACACAUCCUAAAAGCGAACCUUUGGGGAGGUGGAAUGGCAAGCUGUGUCUAAAAGUGCGUCCCUUAGGAUUAGAUAUUUGGAAAGCCCUGAUGAAUUGGGCUGCUUUUCCCUAAGUGUGCUGGGGGCACCUGCUCUUGGAUUAUCUUUCCCCACAUCCUAUAAAAGACCACACACACCCUGCAGCCAAAGCUUCAUCUCUCCACCCCUCCACCCCCCUGAAAAAGCCUGAUAUAAGCUUAAAGUUAAUUGAACACUAAAAAUGUACAGAGUUAAAUAGAUGUGUCUUGUUCUGUAAGCAUGAGUUGGUUUUAUUCGUCUUCACCAUUGAGAUUGACUAAGGAGAACAAACACAGUCACUUCCCUCCAAGCCCAUUUUGUGAUAAAUAUGCACUUUCUUCUGUAGAGGUGGGCGUAAGACUGAAUGUCACCUCAAAAUAUUCAGAAAUUCGUUGGUUGAGUUGCUCCCCCUCUAAUACAAACCAUUUACCCGUAAUUUAAUAGCAUAAAUAUUUCUCUGAUUUGCCUUCUGACUUCAACACUUUUAGGAAUAUUUCUUUUAAGCUUCUCCCCCUCUUUAUUUCCCUUACGUGAAUCAAUGAGAACUAGAAACUUGAGCACCACAGCUGCUCCCUCCACAAAAAUGAAACCUACCUGCAGUUCUUACAGAUUCCUGGGACCAAGCAAACGUUUUGUUUUUAAGACACCCACACCUUCAUUCCGUUUCUAAUCAGUGGGAUAUAUCUAUGCAGAGAUUCUACCAGAUCACUGUAAAAGCACCAGAGGACAUGACAAUUGUCAGCUUUUAUUUUAGGAAAGAGACACGUGGGCAGCUUGUGUGCAUGUGAUGGCUAAAAAUGUGUAGGCUAUGCCUGAUGAAAUUUCAGAAGGCAGAGGGGCUACUUGAAUAAAAUUUCUGGUGGCCUGCAUGUGUCUUUCCCUGUAUCAAAGUGAUUAAAGUGCAUUUUUUUUACAGCUUGUAGAAUAAAUUGCACAGGAUUUUCUUAAAUUUGCAAAAUUGGUGCAGGGUAUGUGAUUUCAGUUUUCUCAGUUGUCCUUAUUUAGAACUCCUACCUUUCUUUCAUAGAAUUAAAGUACUGUAGAGUUGGAAGAGACACCAAGCGUCAUCUGGACUAACCCCCCCGUCAUGUUUGAAUUGAAAACACCCCCACCUAUUUGGAAAUACAGUUCUCUGAAUAAUCCAGCCUUUACAUGAGGGAUGGGGAACUUGUAGCCCUCCAGAUGUUUCUGGACUACAACUGCCAUCAUCCCUAAAUCUUGACCAUGCUGAGCAGGGUUUAUGGGGGUUGGAGUGGGAACCUGUAGCCCUUCCAAAUGUUGUCAGGACUCUAAAUCACAACAUCCUUUGCUAUUGGUCAUGGUAGCUGGGGCUGAUGGGAGCUGGAGUUCAGCAACAUCUGGAGGGCCACAGCCAAGCCGGCCAUUAUUGGAAAGCUUUUUCUCCCUGUUGCUUUGCGACCCAUGUAGGAAGAGUUCAAGGAUUGUGUGUUGCUUGUGGGGGUGGGGAGAGAAUACAAUGCCUUCUGUAAAGUGUAGGUAGAUCUUGCAGUCCUGCUUGAGCAUAAAGCCAUAUUCUCUGGCAGGCUGUAUUCUGAAGAAUACUGCUGCAAAUGUAUUUUUAAACGGGCUGUGCCCUUGCUCACUUCACCUGCCAACCUUCCUCCCCUCCCUUUACACCUCACCCAAAAAAUCCCUCCUCUACAUGGUUCAUCUGGGCCACCCACUGCCUAUGUAUCCAUCUUCUGGUUCUCUCACCUUGCCUGGGCUGCUGGAAUAUCCCCCCUCCAGUUCCCUCCUCUUCCCUGAGCAGCUUGUCACACUGUCAUUUUCAUCGCCAUCUGGCUGUAGCUAAGAGAACUGUAGUGUGAUGACAUCCUUAGAAUUUUUUAUAUUGCAGAGAUACAGAAUCUGGUACUAGCUAGUGGGAUCCAUGCAAAUAACAUUCUUAUCUUUAUUCUGACAACACCUUUAUGAGAUAGGUCACUAUUAACCCCCAUUUGGGCAGAUUGGGAAUGAAAGCUGUAUGCCUAGGAUAGCCAAUUUGGUGCCCUCUGGGUAUUUCCCAUCACCCCUAGCCAGCAUGGCCAAUAAGGAUGAUGGGAGUUAAAGUCCAAAAUAUCUGUAGGACACAAAGUUGGCUAUCUGAGCUAUAAGCCACACCCAUACCCCCACCAGUGGAUCACAUGUUGGAGCAAAGAUUUCAAAGCCAAUUCUCUUACGUCACAGAGACAGGAAACCAAUGCUCUGACAGCUGUAACUAAUGGGGACAUUCCCCCUUUCUCAAGUUUUUUUGUUGCUAAUGCUUGCUGUCUACUACUUUGAAGGUUUUAGAAUCAGACAAAUACAUUGCUUGGUUGGCAGAGAACCUGUGGCUCCCCCCAGAUGUUGCUGAACUACUCCUUCCAUCAAUGUCUGGAGGACCAAAGGUUCCCUCUCCCAGAGCUUGGGAGUCCUACAUUAAGUGGGGAAGAACUGGCAUCUGACAUAUGAAGGCCAAGGAUGUUCCACCAAGAAGAAACCAGGCUGAAACUAAACACCAAAUGUGUUGGGUCCGCAAAGGGAGAGAUGAUGCUUUGGCUCUCACCACAAAGCAGGCUGGGUGCUGCUCCUAAGUUUAUUCCAUUCUUGUGUGCAACAGCUCCUUUGCUGUGCCAGAACAGCAGUGAAACCAUCUUCAUCGUCUUUAACCAGCUUCUGGUGAUCAUUCCUGUCCUGCUGUCGGGUGAUUCUUGCUGCGAGGCUGUUUUCUGCCUAUUUAGGGGAUACUUAGUCAAUAGGUUUCUCCCUGUUUGGAGAUGUAAAGUGAGGAGUGGGGAGUGUAAAUGUUUUCCAGCUGCACAUAAUGGUUGAUGGCUGUUCGGACCUAAAAGACAAACCUCCUCCACAGCUGGUGAUGAAUUCUUAGUUUUGUAAAGCCAUAUAAUAUGUGCUGGCAUUGGAUAUAGGUUAGUGGUUUUGAAGCUUUUUAGUAUUCAGGCUGCUGUAUGGAUCUGCUCGCUCUUUAUUGGACCUCAGCAUUUUGUGACCCGUACCAACUGCAUGAGGGGGUACUUGAAAGAACUUUGCAUUAGAUCUCAAGAGCCAGGGGUGUGUGUGUUCUUUGUUUUCCAGGCCAAGGGUCCAGGGCAAUAUAUGCUCCGCAGUUUCAUGGAAGAACAAAUCACAAGAUGUGGUAGCAGGUGGAGAACCAAGUUUCUAGACAACCAUAAGUUUUCAUUCUGAAAAGAAAAAGCCUAUGCCAGGACAAAUGGUUCUCAUGUUGAAUGGUUGAAGAGUUAUGCUUCCAGCUGUGCUAUUAGUCCAUGGUGAGAUCACAGCAGCCAGAGGAUGGGUGGUUUCCAAAGUAGCGCUGAAUAACAUGGCCCACCUGCACAAAGAAUUCUGCUUGUGCAGGGGGGCUUCCUUCCCCCUUCCCCACAUCUCCAGUGCCCCAAAGCAAACAGGGGGUGUGGGGAAGGAAUCCCCUUUGUAAAAGCCUGAAAUUUUGUGCUAGUUAGACAACAUCCAGUAUUUUUUUCAGCCAAGGCACAAGUGCUCAUCUCCCCAUGACUAGGAGUAGUACAUUAUUAAAAACUGGGGGGGGUGUUAAAUUAUGCAAAGUAGUUGGCUGAUUUGCAUAAUUUUAUGCAGGCAGCUUGGGGCUGUGCAGUAUAGAACCGCCGGUGUAUUUGUAAGGUACAUCAUACACCCUGGUUCAGUUUCUACUAAGCCUUCUAGAGUAGGGUCCAUACCCAUUUUGCGCCUAGCCAUCCCUGGAAAAAGCCAUGUUUAACGUUCAUCUCCAGUGUGAGACACAAGAGAAGGAAAAAAAAAUCCCAAGCAAAGACCACCCACGAGGAUCUGACUGCCCCGCUCUGGCAGGGAUGGGUGGGUGGCGAAUCCACAGGUACUGAAUUAAGCUGGGCAACUUGUAAAUUUAAGCCUCUGCAUUGUUUACAUGUUUCUUAAUUCAUUGUCUUUUAAAUGGUUGUAUUUUUAAAUGAUGAGAGGUUGUUCUCCCAAUUAAAAAAGAAGCCAUUCUAGGCUUUCAAAGGUUGAACGUCAAGCUAUUUUUCUUGGGUUGCGUGAUAUUUCUAUUUGUCUAAAAAUGAUUUAAAAAACCACGAAAGUGGGGUGGGAGAGUAAAUCCAAGGUUUCCUGAGAGUCUCCGUUUCCAGCCUUGCACCCAUGCCUGUGGGGUGUAGGUAAUUAGGGGGAGGAUAAAAAGUACUGCACAUAUACUCAGGGGCAUUCUUUCCCCUCAAAGAAUUCG